AGAUGGCUAAUGAAUUGAGGCCCUGCCCAUGUGAUAUUGGAGACAGGUCUGACUAUGGAGGCCGUGGGCAGGAAGUGCAAGUUGAGCACAUCAAGGCGUAUAUUUGCAAACCACCUGCCAGCACAGAUAAAGCUGUGAUUGUGAUUCAUGAUAUAUUUGGAUGGCAACUCCCAAACACCAGAUACAUCACUGAUAUGCUAACAACUAAUGGAUACAUAGCCAUCUGCCCAGAUUUUUUUGUGGGACAAGAAGCUUGGAAACCUUCUAAUGACUGGGCAACUUUUGAUGACUGGCUGAAAACUCGAAAUGCCAGCAAAAUAGACAAGGAAGUUGAUGUAAUCCUGAAGUACCUAAGUGAACAAUGUGGUGCAAAGAAGAUUGGUGUCAUUGGGUUUUGCUGGGGUGGAGCAGCAGUACACCACCUGAUGCUGAAAAAUCCUCAUUUAAAGACGGGAGUGUCCCUCUAUGGAGUGAUCAGGUUCUUUGAGGAUAGAUCCAGUUUGCUUCAUCCCACCUUCUUCAUUUUCGCUGAAAAGGAUGAAUACAUUCCAAUGGAGCAGGUCAAGCAACUGGAGCAGAAGCUUAAACAAAACUGUAAAGUUCAUUAUGAAGUUAAAAUUUACCCUGGACAGACCCAUGGGUUUGUACAUCGCAAAAGAGAAGAUAUCAAUCCUCAAGAUAAACUUUAUAUUGAGGAAGGAAGAAAGGAUAUGAUCAACUGGCUGAAUAAAUAUCUUUAGCACAAAUAAAAUAAAUCAAUUACUGUAGGAAAUCAGAAAAUAAUACAGACUAUGUUGAUUAAAAUGUUCUUAAAACCAUCAAAGUAUUUUGUAAAA